GGCCCGAGGGCCACGAUGUUCUUUCAUCACUGUACUACCUACCCCCCGGUUCUUGAAGAUCCCACUCUCGUAUAGAGUCCUCUAAACCCGCGUUGUAUCUGUCUCCUAUCAUAUUUACUCACUACCGCUAGCAAGCCUAGCUGCACCCCGUCUCAUGUGUUCACAACCACACCACACGUAGUUGCUCUCACAUCACCAUGCACCGGCCCACGCAGUUACCAUUAUUAUUCUUGUGUCUUACCACCAGCAGCCUGGUUACGGGUGCCCCCAUCAAGAAAAAUGGCAAUCCACAACAGACACCUUCAAUUUCAAUUGUACAUCAUACCAACCUCGAACAUGAAGAUGCACACUCAAAUCCAGAUACAUCAUGGUCAACAUCCAAGCUCGGGAUCGCCGCGCUGAUCAGGAGACUGUCCGAACUCACGAUGCGAGAUUACUUCCUAAAUCUCGCAGUGUUGGUUUGCAUCAUCACUAUCUGUGUGCUUGUAUAUAGCAUCUGCCAAAACACCAUGCACUGUCGACGGUGUCGGGUAGACAGAGCUGCACGGCGCGAAGAGAGACAAGCCCGAAGGGCAUAUGAGGCCGCAGCGCGACGACUCAAAUGGCGACAAUGGUGGCAGGGCAAGAUCUCCUACCCUGAGCCGAAGUCUGAGUUGGUGCCGAUGGCACCGCUAGUGCGGGGUUUGCCGGGAAGGGACCCGGAGGGGUUUGAUGCUGAUUCUGUUGUGAUCUCUGAGCCGGUUAAUAUGCAGACGGAGAUACAGGGGUUCAGGCAUGCCCUGGAGCUUGUUGGAGACUUGGUCCGGAUGCCGGGUCGUGAUUUGGAGGGCGCUGCUGCCCAUCAUGGGGGAGCUAAGGGGGGUGAAGAGACGGGUCUCGUUAAAGUGCGAAGUGCGAUGUCAGAUACGGCGGCGUCGUCGACGGUUGGUUUAGCGACAGUGAUGUCUGCGGGGACUAGCAGUCUGAAGAGUCUGGAUUGCAAGUCGUCGGGGACGUUGGAUACUACGGAUUUGCCUCCCCCUAGCUAUCACUCCUAGGUAAUUAGGGUGUGUAACAUAAUGGUAAUUGGGUGUUGGAUAUAUGAUUAUGGUCAUAAUGGGCGGGUGGGGUGGACUUGGGA